ACGGUGGUGGGGUUUUAGAGCGCGGAGGAGCACGGCAGUUGUCUCUCCAUCAACGCUUUGUCCAAAUUCCGUCAAAACAUAUAUUUUCUUCUAUCUCGAUCGCUGAUCGCUCGCUCUCACUCAGCGUACGAACCGAGUGUGUGUUGUCUGCAUGUAAAAUGGAGACGCCAUCGUUACGGGUUCGUCUGGUGUUCGAAGAUCGUUCUAUUCUUAGCAAAACGCAGCGAUCGGAUGGGAUGGACCAUAGCUGGUUUCUCCUCAAAUCACAACAACAUCGAACAAUCUCCGACGUCUGUACUCAUCUUCUCCACAUUUUCAAACUUCGUCGCUCUUGCCCUAAUGGCAUCCUCCUCUCUAUGGAUGGCUUUGUAUUACCAUCUUUUGAAUCAACUGAAAUGUUGAAGGAUAAGGAAAUUAUUUGUGUGAGAAAGAAAGGUGGGGAUGCAGUAGAGGCGGCAGAUGCAGGCAAUUUGCUUGACAAGGUUGAAGUUGAUGGGCUGGAUUCUGAAGAUGAUGGGUUGCUACUUUUAGCAAAUGAUACAUUCGAUAAGGAAACUGGAGAAUAUCAAAGUGAAUCUGAGGAGGUCGAUGAAGAACAGUUGCAAGAUGAAGCUUCACCUGACGCAGUUUCUAAUAAAAGAAAAGCCUCCAUGAAACUUCAGAACUCGACGAAGAAAAGGCGCCGUUUGGGGGUGUUGGAUGAUGCAGAAGAUGAGGCUGAUGCAGAGGAAAUUGACAAUGUUAAUAUUGAUACAUCUCAUUCCAGGAAGAUCAGCAGGAAGGGGAAGCUACCAAAUCGCAACAGUAAACCAAAUGAGGAGACUAACAGAAGUGCUGCAACAAGUAACAAAAAAGUUAAAUCUCCUUCCAUUGUGAAACGGAGUGAACAGCUUCAACAAAAUAUUGAAGAGGUCAAUCAAGUGUCUACUGCUCCUGGGGCAAAAAAGAUCCCUAGUAGAAGUGCUAGACGGAAAAAGGCCAAGAGAGAAUGGAUGAAAGAACUAGCUAAAAUCUCGAAGAAGAAGCCAUAUUCUUAUUCAAAGCCUGAAGUAACUAAAGCUGAAAACGAAGAGGCUAAUGGUCGACCGAAGGGAUUACUCCACUGGAAACAGGCUCCUAAUAAGUCUGUGCAUAAGAAUACAAUAGACCAAGAUGCGGGUACUGGUGUCGUUUCCAUUGUAACCAGGCCAGGACAUAUUCGAUUUGAACCUCUUGAUGAAGAUCAAACACCAAAACAGACUAGAGUAUCAAAUGAAACUUUAAUGUGGAAUGGUAGUAGCAGCAAGAGAAAAGGUAAAAAGUGGAGUACAGAAAGGUUCUCAGCUUCUCGAAGGAAUGAUUCUAAAAGAAUCAAUAAAGAAGCCUUCAAAAUGUUGUUUACGGAUGCACAAGUACCUGUAAUUGACCCUAAUGAUUUUGACAAGCUUCCUCCUUGUUGCUCACCAAAGGAAGGUGAUGUGAUUGCAUACCGUCUGCUUGAGUUAUCUUCUUCAUGGAUCCCUGAAUUUUCAUCCUUCCGGGUUGGGAGAAUAUCAUAUUACGAUGCCAGGGAUAUUGUUUUGAUUCCAGUGCCAGAAUAUCCUAUUGCUUCAGAUAAGAUUAAUGAGGAUGGACCCAAUGACUCUCUUUAUGGAGAAGAUGGUACUUUAGAGAUCAAUUAUUCAGCUCUUGUUGAUGUCCGCAAUCUCAAGCAAUAUGAUCCAGAUGCUAUAGAAGCAGUCAGUAAUGGUGUUAAUCAAACUCUCAUGAGUGAUGACAAGAAUGAUGCAGAAAAGAUGGUGUCUAACAGUAAUGACAACAAUAUGAACCUCUCAAAAGACUCCAAUCCUGGAGAUGGAGAAGUAAAUCCAUGGGAUCGGUUCAGCAAGGUAAACUCUCUGAAUGCGGAGAUGUCCGAACCCAAUCAUUCGAGUAUGGUAAUUACUGAAAUGAACCCAUGUUCAUAUGGUGCCGCUGGCCCACGUGUGGCUCCAGAUGCUAAUAACGCGGAGUCAUCUGAAAAGAAAGAUGAGCAGAAGGGUAGUUCUUCGGGUAAUCCAUGGUUAAAUGCAAAUAAGCAAGCACCGUCUCAAGAGAACGGAAGUUCAUUGGCAGGUUGGACAGAUGCAAAGCAGGCAGGGCCCUCUGAGAAUGAUAAUGAAAAGGGAAGUUCCUGGGGACGGCCAUGGUCCUCGUUUGUAAUUUCGAGGGCUAGUCCCAUGAAAGAACAGAACAAAGAAAAUGACUGGAAUAGGGGAAGUUCUCGUGGCAAUGGGCAACCAUGGUCACGUGGGGCUCCAAGAGGAAGAGGUCGAGGUCGUGGUUUUGGUUCUGGUCGUGGUCGUGGCAAUGGCCGUGGUCGGGGUCGAGGGUGAAAUGGUAACUGAUGAUGAGCCUAUGUUUGUUUCAAGAUGUGGAAGUUGUGGCUAUUUUGAGGUAUAAGACCCAGUGCCCUCUAUAUCAUAUUUGUGUAAUGUAUCUAUGCAACUUAAUAUUAUACCAAUCUGGGAUUUGGUUUUUAGGUUUCUUUGUACAAAUGUUGAUUUCUCAACAUGCGGUCGAAUGACUAUGUUCUGCUUUUGAUUUCCCAAUAUGUGGUCAAAUGACUAUUCUUCUGCCU